AUGUUGGGCGCCAGCUUCUGCGCCGCAUCUGGCCGGCGCUUGCCCCCCGACAGUUGCCAUACCUUGGUAUGGUUGGUACCGAGGUGGACAGGGCAGGUAGUACCUACCUACCUACUAGGUACCUAUGUACCUACAUACUAUAGUAGUUCUAUAAAUAUAAAUAAAGUAACUAUAAAGUAUUAUAGUAAAAACUAUUCUAGUAUUUAG